CCGCCGCCAAGUCCCCGUUGUCACCCGCGGGGACACUCGGUGGCUCCUGGUUUGUCACCCGCGGGGACACUCGGUGGCUCCCGGUUCGGCCGUGCUGCCCUGAGAGGGGUCUGGAGGUGUCGCGGCCUUCGCCCCUCUCGGGAGGGUGAAGGAGCUGUCCCCCUGGAGCCUGUGACCCCCCAGGAUUGGGCGGAAAAAGGAGGAAAAGGGUGAAGAGGCAGCAUGGGGGACAGCGGGGUCCCCUCGGCGUGUCCCCAGCAGGACGGGGACGGUGGAGCCGAGAGCGCCCGGAAUUCCUCGGCUGCUCCCGUGGAUUCCCAGAGCCCCAGCGAGGCCCCGGCCCUGGACGGUUUCCCCCUGAAGCAUUCCAACACCUUGACCAACAGACAGCGAGGCAACGAGGUGUCAGCACUGCCGGCCACACUGGACACACUGUCCAUCCACCAGCUCGCUGCCCAAGGGGAGCUCAUCCAGCUGAAGGAGCACCUGAGGAAAGGUGAGAAUUUGGUGAACAAACCCGACGAGAGAGGCUUCACCCCCCUGAUCUGGGCUGCAGCUUUUGGGGAGAUCGAGACCGUGCGGCACCUCCUGGAGUGGGGCGCCGAUCCCCACGCGCUGGCCAAGGAGCGGGAGAGCGCGCUGGCCCUGGCCAGCAUGGGCGGCUACACCGACAUCGUCACCAUGCUGCUGGACAGGGACGUGGACAUCAACACCUACGACUGGAACGGGGGCACCCCCCUGCUGUACGCCGUGCGCGGGAACCACGUCAAGUGUGUGGAGGCCCUCCUGGCGUGCGGCGCUGACCUGACCGAGGAGGCGGAUUCGGGGUACACCCCCAUGGACCUGGCCGUGGCCCUGGGACACAAGAAAGUCCAACAGGUUAUCGAGAACCACAUCCUGAAGCUGUUCCAGAACAAGAAGAAGAAGUGAGGCGGCAGCUCCAGCUCUUCCCAGCAUCACCACAGCCUCAUCCCCACGCUCCAGGCAUGCAGAAAUCCAGGAAUUUCUGCCCUCGUGGACCCCAAGCCUCUCCCUGGCUGCCGUGCCUAAAAUCCAGG